AUGACGAUCUGCACUUAUAACGCAAGUACGCUUGCAUCAGAAGCGGCCACCGAAGAUCUGAUAAUGCAAGCCAAGAAGAUCAAGUACGACGUCAUCGGACUGACCGAGACGAGACGACGUCACCCUCUCAACGCCUUAUAUGAAACUGGAGAAGAACUGUUCUUAGGAACAUGCGACAGUAGAGGUGUUGGUGGAGUUGGCGUCCUCGUCAACACGAGUAUGGCAAAGGACAUCGACUCUUUUGAACAACUUACGACCCGAAUCGGACGUCUGCGGAUGAGAAGAUGUGGCCCAACACCAGCUUUGACUAUCUGCGUCGCUUACGCUCCAACAUCAAGCUACGAAGAAGAAGUCGAAGCUUUCUAUAUGGACCUGGAGAAGUUCUACCGAGAAGACCAUGUCUUCUACAAGGUCAUAAUUGGCGAUUUCAACGCCAAGGUUGGCCCAAGAAGAACGCCGGAGGAACUUCACAUCGGGACCCACGGCCUACAAUGGAAUGACCAGGGGAAGAGGCUCUCCGAGUUCAUCAUAACGACUAAGACCAUCCAUGGGAACUUGCAAUUCCAGAAGCCCUCCCCUCUACGUUGGACGUGGGAGUCACCCGGUGGAGGGUACCGUAAUGAAAUAGACCACAUCAUCGUCAAUAAAAGGUUCUGCCUGACGGACGUCGGUGUUGUACCAAAGUUCUAUACGGGGACUACCAUCAACUGGGAUCUCUUCGCUACGCUAGCCAGCUUUUGGGAAGAUUCCGCAAUGGACAACAUCGACGAGGAAUAUGACCGGCUUGUCGAACACCUUCACGACUGCGCGAAGAAGGCUGGGAGUUUUAAAACCACCAAGAGGCGCCUGUCUCUUGAAACUCUUGAGCUGAUACGCCAACGUGGAGCAGCACGAGCCGCAGGGAACCAAGAACUCACGUCCGAGCUCGCAAGGCUUUGCAGAGAGGCGAUAAAGGAAGACCUUAAAGAGAGAAGAGCAGAAGUACUGGCUGAAGCUGCAGAGGCGGGGAAAAGCAUCCGCUAUGCCCGUCGAGACUUCGCCAGUCACAAGACGAGGAUGACUGCUCUCCGGAACCCAAAGGGAACAGCCAUUGCAUCGAGAAGGGGGAUGGAGAAAAUCAUCUGUGACUUCUGCUCUGAUCUCUUCGACAGCCAUGUCUACUUGCCUCCUCGCCAUCUAAGGGAAGAUGGACAAGUCAUUCCAGAGGUUCUCUCUUCCGAAAUACGACAUGCUAUCAUGUCGGUAAGAAAUCGUACGGCACCCGAUCCCGAUAGAAUAAGACCAAAACACCUGAAGAGCCUUCCGCCAGUUCUCAUCAACACCCUGGCGAGGCUCUUUACACGUUAUCUGUCGGAAUGCAAGGUUCCUAAACAGUGGAAGACCAGCAAAACCGUGUUGUUGUAUAAAAAGGGAGAUCCACAUGACAUCGGCAACUAUCGCCCAAUCUGCCUACUGUCCGUCAUCUACAAGCUCUUUACAAGAGUAAUCCUUAAUAGGAUUGAAAACGUCUUGGAUGAAGGACAGCCAUGCGAGCAAGCAGGGUUUGGAAAAUGA